AAGCAAGCAUGAGUCAGAAAAUCUCGUAUUAACAGUCUAGAACAUGUCAAACCACCAAUAAUUUAAUUUUAGAACCCAAUAUAAACCAAACUCUAACCCCAAAUAAAACCAAACUAACCCAUAAACGCAUCCCGACGAUAUCUCUCCAUUACCCGUAUAUACACCCGAACGUCCCCCAACCCUAGAUACAAAACACAAGAGAAAGAAGGCUCCACGGACAGCAACCGCAACAACAACCAACAUGUCCUCAACCCAGCCUCAAAUCCAAAUCCGCCGCAUGCAACCCUCCGAUAUUCCCCACAUGGCCCAAAUAGCCUCAAAAUCUUACUUCAACACGCCUCUGAGUGCUUACCUCAGUCCCCACCGCCACACCUACCCCGAAGACUUUAACAGACGCUUCGUCCAAAUGACCCGAGCCCGCUACUACAAUCCCCGGAGUAUCGGUUUCGUCGCUGUGAGCGCGUCAAAACCCGAGCUCCCCAUCGCCUAUGCGCAAUUCAUUCGACUGGGGAACGACGAGGCGGCAAGGCGGUUGAUAGCGGCGCAGAGAACGGUGUGGGGGACAGUGAUGGGAUGGGUUGUAGGUAUUUGGAAUCGGAUUGAGAAUUGGGUGUGGCCGGAUCGGAGUGUGGAUGUAAAGGCGGUGGAGAAUUUUGGACGGGCUGUUGAGGUUGAUGAUAGGAAGUUCUGGGAGUCGGAAGAGAUGAAGGGGUUAUAUGGGGAGCGAUGGCAUGCGCAGAGCGUGGUUGUUUCUGAAGGGUGGAGGCGGAGGGGGAUUGGGGCGAUGUUGAUGGGGGAGGUGUUGAAGCGGGCUGGGGAGGAAGGGGUUGUGGUGGGAUUGGAGGCGAGUGAGGAUGGGGAGCGGUUAUAUCGAAGUCUUGGGUUUGAGUUGCGUGGGAGGUUUUCGAUGCUUGUUGCAGAUAUCGAGGAGGGUGGGGUUAUGAUGUGGAGACCGAAGGGGGAGUAGGUAUGCAUAGCUUGGUGUUUUGUAGGCGGCUGGUACGUUCAUGUUGGAUAU